AAAUAUUUAGGCGGGGAAAAAUGACCUCUGUGGCAAACGAUCCAAAUCUACAAAAACAUUUACAAGAAUUUGAUUUAAAAGUCAUCAACGUCUGAUGUUUGUGUGUAAAAGCGAAAACAUUUUAUUGGGCAGAGAGGCUGGCCAUGAUGUUGAGGAUUAACGCGGGUUAAAGGGUCGCUCGUCAUAAACAAUGAGUGAAGCGUCACGUGGUGACUCCAGAAAGUGAUUUAUUUCAUGGACACCGCCCGACUUCCUUAAAUACAGAUCGCCACAGCAACCCAUCCUUAUUUUGUGUAUCUCUCCUUCGUCAUGUCCCUGGACUUGCCAGCAAUCCAAGAACUACUACUACUAUGCCGCUGCGACACUACUGCGUAACCACGCUGCUGCUGCAGUUAUUUUCUGUCGCCACCUUCAUCAGUUUCUGGGUGAACCAAAAAUAUGCUGCCACAUUUUACGGCAGAAGUUAUGGAAGGCCAUCGGUUGAAGAAUUGCUGCCAACAACAUUGUCCAGUGAAGUCCAACUUUUCAGUGGUUCAAACUUCAGGCGAAAACGUCAUCCUCUUGCUGAGCUUUGUCUUCCAAUUGGAUUCAGAGCAGAGAUGUGUCCCAAACUAUUCAUGGGAGACAGAACAGUCGAUGAUCCUCUUAAACUAAUGCAACCUCCAUUGAAUCCGCGUUGCAAGUUACUAGAACUUAUCAAAGACUGCUCGCGACUGGAUGCGGCCCACGAAUAUUCAAACAAACCGAUUUCAGAAACCGAGAGAAAUUUUCCAUUGGCUUUCGGAAUAAAAAUGCAUCGCGAUCCCGAGCAAGCGGAGAGACUUCUCAGGACUAUAUACCGGUCGCAUAAUGCUUAUUGUAUAUACGUGGAUGGAAAAACAUCGAAAAUUGUUUUCCGAAUCAUGAAACAGAUCGGAAGGUGUUUUAAUAAUGUUUUUGUCAUUGAAAACCGUCUCAGUGUUGUGUACGCUAGUUAUGCUCAUAUGCAAAGUGAUCUCCAGUGUAUGAAAGUCCUCGCGCAAAAGUCUCCCGUCAAGUGGAAGUACUAUAUCAAUUUAACUGGACAGGAGUUUCCGCUAAAAACCAACCUGGAAAUGGUGGAAAUUCUGGCUUCCUUGAAUGGGGCAAAUGACAUUGAGUCGUAUAAUACGCCGCAAUUCUUAAAAUGGCGCUUUGAGAAAAAAUACCACACGAGUGGCAUAAACUUGGUAGAGACUUCGGAAAUAAAGGAACCGUUCCAAUACACCUUGGAAAUCAGUAAAGGAAGUGCUUAUGGUGCGUUUUCCAGGAGUUUUGUCGACUAUCUUUUAAAUGAUCGCAUCGCUAAUGAAUUUAUCCGUUGGUUGAACAAUACUUAUUCCCCGGAGGAAAACGUCUGGGCGACCUUGAAUACCCUUCCGUGGGCUCCUGGUGGUUAUGAAACGGAAAUAAGACAUAAAUAUGGAACGUUUUUAUCCCGCUCCAUCAAUUGGGAGGACGAUAAACCGAAAUGUCACGGAAAGUAUGUCAGAAGCGUGUGUGUGUUUGGGAUAGGGGACCUGCCCUGGCUCGGAAGCAGGCCUCAGUUAAUAGCUAACAAGUUCGAUUAUCAUUUCGAUCAUCUUGUACUAGACUGUCUAGAAGAUCAGCUCAGAAACAGAACCUAUGAUCCGUCCGUACACAGAUUAGACUGGUAUUAUUACGGAACCUUGCCGCAGUCCAAAAUCUUUACCAAAUUCGAUGAAAAACAUAGUGCUGAAUAUUUACAGAAAAAGAAAGAGGAAUGGCUGAAAAAGCAAUCUUUAUCGAAUGAACCUGUCAAAUUAAAGAGGAAAAAAGAAAACCAUCCGAAAUAUAUACUCCCUGGAAGCUCAAUUCAAAUGUAUACAGUGCCGGGAAAAUGACCAACUUGUUUUUUUUUUAUUGUAUAUAAAUAAAUGUUGGUAUGUUUCA